GUUUCAUUGACUUUCAUAGGCACAGUGUAUCAUUUAGCCUGCUACAGUGAAUGAAGCUGACUUUAGUUUAUCUCAUAUCAGCCGCAACACUGCCGUUGGGGUGAUUAAACUUGGGUUAGGGAAAUAAAGAGGGAAGGGACGGUGAUGGAGAAAUACCCUGGAGUCUAUAUGUCUCUAACUUAUGUAAAACAGCUUUAUCUUAUAAGUUUCCGCACUGGCACAUUCGUGGUUUAAAGACAUUUCCUUUGCUUUUGAACCCACUGUGGUAAAUUCACAACUAAAGCUACAGCACUUUUCAGCAUAAUGACUGACUUCAGGAAGUUCAUUCAUCCAUAAAGCAUUUGAAGCUAAACAUCUACUGAUAGAAAUUAAGCUAAAGAGCACUGGAGGUGAAUUAGCAGAGUGCUGCUGGCUGGUCUCCGUGUUUUUGCCUGUUGAAGCUGUGAGAUCUACACUGUCAGAGAGAGGGCAGGUGAAAGAGGCAGCAGGAUGAAGUCCAAAAGGAAGGCUGUGAAAUCAUCUAGGACGACCUGGUCUGACCCCGAGCCAGAACUAGAACCGGACACGGAACCAGAACCAGGCUCCAGUGAGCAGGAAGGCUCAGAGGCCUCAGUCCGGAUCGGUGGCUCCUGGAGGGGGUCGCUGAGGGGCGGGAACGGAAAGCGUCAAGGAGGAGUGGGUGGAGGCCGGAGGCGCAGGCAACGCGGCUCCAGCAACAAGGAACGCAGCGUCCGGCGACUAGAGAGCAAUGAGCGGGAACGCCAGCGCAUGCACAAACUCAACAACGCCUUCCAAGCAUUGCGCGAGGCCAUCCCCCACAUCAACACUGACAAGAAGCUGUCCAAGAUCGAGACACUGACCCUGGCAAAGAAUUACAUCAAAUCCUUAACCAGCAUCAUCCUGGACAUGUCAGGGGCCUGCCUGCCUGCUGGUGGGGUCCCUUCAGAGGCCAGCGCUGCCAAGCUGCUCCAGUGCUACCAACAGCACCUGGAGGAGGAGGGGGAGGACGAUCUCACCCAGUACCUCACCCACGUGCACAGCUUCAGCCAGCGCAGCUAACAGUGGUUGCAAGGUGGUAUGGAGACAAGGAGAGGCUGUCUCUAAGGCAGAAAGAGGUGUAGACUUUUAGGGCCAAAUCUCAAACAAUCUCCAGUUCUUACAGGCGCACUGCUCUGGGAUCUGGUCAGAAGUGGUGUUCUCUGUUGGAACUGGGUCCAGAUCAUAGUCCUCUGACCGUAAACCCAUGCUUGACCAUAGCAAGAGGUGAGCUCUCUAGAACAUGCCAUCAUGCAAAAUAUGGAAUGAUAUGAGGAGCAUUUGCAGACACAAAGACUGCAGACUGGACAGUGAAAACGAGAUGGAUCGUGGUUAUGAAGAGUGAAAAGACUCAUUUGUUGUUGUGCUGAAAAAGGAAUUAUUUGUCAUCUUCUAUGGUUUGAGCCAGAGCAGGAACUUGUUCUCUUUUGUGUUAUCUUGUGAUCUUCUUGUUUUUCUGUUGAGAAACCUGCUGAGCGUAGCCUGUAGUCAUAACUGUCACAUCUAGGAAGAGAAGAAAGGCAGGCCUAAAUAUUGACAUGUCGAAGCUAGAAAGUGUGUUUGCUCAUGAGGACAAUCUACAACAAUUUGAGAACACGAUUUACUUGUCUUCUUACAGGUUGUGCACCCAUAGCUGGAAGGCCCAGAUGAUGUUUAAAGUGUCUGUUAUUUGACUUUUGUGCCUCGAGGCAGGACACUGUAGUUAAAAAGAUCAGGAGAAGAGAAACUAUUUGAGGAGUAUCAAUAAACAUUUAUUUAUUGA